AUGAAUCCAUCCACUUACUCCAACUUGGUAAUCGAUCCUUUCUCCGCUAUCUGCAAGGCUCAGACAGGUGAACUGCCAUCAUCCCUAUCGAUCAAAAGCUAUCGCCACAAACGAGUCGGACAACAGGAUGCCCUUGAAUGCGAACAUUCUCAAUCGAAGCGGGCACAGAAUGUCUUCUGUCCCUCCCUUGCUGGCAAGAGGGAUAGGGUGGUACGCAAACGGGUGCUCAUUCACCAGGAGAGUCUGCUACCUUCACCCUCAAUAAUCACCAUUGGCUCAAUAAAGCCAUCAUCAAAACCAUCAACUUCUACCAAUCAAGAUACACAAGAAGAAGUUGAUCGGAAAAAUGAGUAUCAGUUUACCCCACCCUGCCACUGUGGGAUCUUCUUAUCUCCACCAAGGAGCUUGGACACUCUCACUUCAGAGCUAAUCAGAUCUGAAAACUUCACCAGAAGUACCCAUCGCCUUCAACCCUCCAAGGAAGAGACCGAAGCAAUGAUCAGAUCGGAGAGUUACCGUCGCUUUCCUUCUGCCUUCUCACGUGCAAUUGUUGGUGGUGCUAUUUAUCUCGAUCUUGACAAUCAAGAUCUUCGUACAAUUCCAGACCUUCAGAAACUGGUCGAGGAGUUUUCACCAUGCCCGACUUCCUGUCUGUUCCUGUCAAACAACCAGUUGACCUCAAGUCCGUUUUGUCAACUCAAACGGAUCUGCUACUUCCAAGGACUUGGACAGCUCAGUCUACGCUCCAAUCAACUGACCGAAAUCCCGGAACAGAUUGGACAGCUGAAGAACUUGAAGCUUUUGAAUUUUGCCUUCAACAAGCUCGAGUUCCUGCCCUCCUUGAUCCUCAAGCUAACCGAUUGCAAGCUGCUUCUUAACGGCAAUCCCUGGCUUAGGCCUCCCCUUCCUCUCGACAGCUCUUCCCCUCCCGUGACUACUUUGGGGAACCAGACAGUCCAGAAGUUCAAAUGGCUCUCAGAAUCCCAGGGGUUUUUUUACUUUUCUCCACCCGCAAAGACGCUUGUGCCCAUUGACGAUUCGCUGUCACCUCCGCUGCCAAGCUUACUCGAAACCUGUAUCCGAAAGAUGUGCAUAACCAAGGAUCUCAGCAGCGAGAAGGAGACACUCAUUGCACACGAUAAUGAUCAUGAUCUUGACCAUAAUUACUUGUAUCCCCCUUCUUCAUCCACCAAGUCACCUCAUCCGUCUACAGAACUUGCCGCCGUAUUGCCUGGCCAAAUCCAGAAAAUUAUCAAGCACCCUACCUCAUACUUCUAUCGCUGCAACCUGUGCACCACCAAGUUGGUCUUGAAACCCGGCGUGCUCCCCCAUCCCACUUUGGCUCAAACCUCUCCCUAUUCUCGGCACGCUUUCCAUUUCAGAACCCUUGGCUUUGUCGGUCUUGCGCCCUUCCCCCAACCUCAACCCCAGCCCCAGCCCCAACCUCAUACUCCUGAUCAAAAGAUUGAACUCAAUCAUAAUCACUUGAUUCCCAUUCGCUGGAAUAUUUGUAGUCUUAAGUGUUGCAUUGAGCAUCUCAUUACAACUUAA